AUGAAACUACUAGGAACACCGUGUGGAUCAACUCCCACAACAUCCAAUUGGAGGGAUAAGAUGGAAGCCUCCGAGCAAGCACAAGAACGAAUGGGAAGGAUAGGUUUGGAGUGCGAAACAGAAGGGUAUUCAGGUGGUUCGGGCUCUGGAUCGGUCUCUCCUGCUGCUUCCCUUCUCGGACUCUUCUUCUUGCUUUUCAUUAUAUUUGGUGUCGCCGCGGCGAUCUGGUGCGCAUGUGUCCAGAGGCAAAAGGCUAUAAACGCAGCCAACAUCAAUAACUUUUCAGGAGCUCAGGUGGCUCAUGGAACUGACCUCAACACCGUUCACAAGGGAGAUCCUGGUUGCAAAGUUUGAUUUAUUCGUGUUCAUUUGAUCUAUUGGUCAUGUUUUUUGAUCAUGCUACGUACUCUGUUAAAUUUGGCUACAUUACAGCUUGUUUCACAAACAUU